GUCCAUCGUGCCCACAAGGAAGAAGACAGUCAGGAAGAUAACAAACACUUGGGACGAAUAUUCAAAGACAAGUUGGAUUAUUUAACUCUAAAACUGUGAGAGUGACAUACAAAAUAGACACGACAUGUGGAAGUCAGGUGUAGGACACAACAUCAAAUCAAAUGCCCCACCUGCAGAUGAAGAUGAUGAGUGGGAGACUGAUCCAGAUUUUGUUAAUGAUGUGAGUGAGGUUGACCAGAGAUGGGGGGCCAAGACAAUAGAAGGAUCAGGUCACCAAGCCUCUAUCAGAAUGGAAGAUCUAAGGAAAAAUGUUGCCAUUGAUGAUAAAAACAUCAAAAAAGAAGAGUUUGAAAAAGGACCCAAGUCAUCAUAUGGAUAUGGUGGCAAGUUUGGUGUACAGAAAGAUCGUAUGGACAAGGUUGCUGUGGGAAAUGAAUAUGUAGCUAGUUUAGAGAAGCACAGUAGUGUGGCUGAUACAGCAAAGGGCUUUGGUGGCAAGUUUGGAGUUCAGCAGGAUCGACUAGAUCAGUCAGCAGUAGGCUAUGAAUAUUCAGGGAAAACGGAGAAGCACGCAUCACAAACAGAUUAUUCCACUGGAUUCGGUGGCAAGUAUGGCGUACAGAAAGACCGCAAGGAUCAAACAGCUGUUGGAUAUGAACACAAGGAAGUAGUGGGCAAACAUGAGUCACAAACAGAUUACUCGAAAGGAUUUGGAGGGAAGUAUGGUGUUCAGAAGGAAAACAUGGAUAAAACAGCUGUUGGAUGGGACCAUCAGGAGAAGUUAGGAAAACAUGAGUCACAAACAGAUCAUUCCAAAGGAUUUGGCGGAAAAUUUGGAGUACAGAAAAAUAACAUGGACAAAUCGGCAGUAGGCUUCGAACAUCAGGAGAAAUUAGAGAAACAUGAGUCUCAAAAAGAUUAUGCUAAGGGCUUUGGAGGAAAGUAUGGAGUACAAAAGGAAAACAUGGACAAGUCGGCCGUUGGAUGGGACCACCAGGAAAAUCUGGAGAAACACGAAUCACAAAAAGAUUAUUCCAAAGGUUUUGGUGGUAAAUUUGGGGUACAGAAGGACAGACAGGAUGCCUCUGCAGCCAGUUAUGAACAAAUGGGCAAGACUGAUUUACAUGAGUCUCAGACAGAUAUGAAGAAGGGAUUUGGGGGAAAGUUUGGUGUAGAUACAGAAAACCAGGAUAAGUCUGCUGGAUCAUUUGAAGAUAUGGCUGGAGCAUCAACAUCCUACCAGAAAACAAGAGCAAGUGCAAGUUCUGAUGGAGCAAAGAAUUUGAGAAAUAGAUUUGAAAAUUUAGCAAAAUCAAAUGAAGAAGAAGCCAGAAAAAGAGCAGAAGAAGAAAAAGAAAGACGGAAAAGAAUUGAGGAGAAAGAAAGAGCAGAACAAAAACAACAGGAAGAGGAACGUCGUAAUAAGGAGCGUUGGGAGGCAGAACAACAGGAAGCUGAACCAGAACCUGAACCAGAACGAGAACAACCUGUACCUCAAGAAAGUGUUGUAAGUUAUGAACCGGAUGAUGAAUAUGGGGAUGUGGCAUAUAACCCUCAGACUGAACCUGAUCCUGAACCAAAUGUAGCAGAACAACCUUCUCAACCUAUUGAGGAGGACCAUUAUGAACAGUUUGAAGAUCGGCAACCCACAACAACAGGACAAGGUCCAUCAGCAGUGGCAUUGUAUGACUACCAAGCCACAGACGAUGAUGAAUUAACAUUUGACCCAGAGGAUAUCAUUACAAAUAUUGAAAUGAUUGAUGAUGGCUGGUGGAAAGGAGAGUGUCGUGGAAUAACAGGAUUGUUCCCUUCAAAUUAUGUGGAGUUACAGAAAUAGACUUACUGUGCCUUUUGUAACCAUAAGAACAAUUUAUCAGAUAUGUUUAUACAUAUAAACACAGUAAAUGUUCUAUCCAUCUUGUCAAAAUGUUUUUUAAUAAUAUGUUUACAACUGCUUGUGCUUGACAAAAUCAAUGAAGAUGUGCUACACACAGUUUUACAUAACUGUAUUCCAUCAUUGUGGACCAUCAAAUUAAAAAAAAAGUAAAAAAAUCAGUUAUUCAAUGGCAUACUCCCUAAAAGUAUGUAAAUAAGAAGGAUUUUACAAAUAUGUACAAUUAAAAAUUGAAUAUUAAUCCUGAUUCAAAGUCUACAUGUCAUGUUUUUCUGAAAUCUGAUACACUGUUUACAGGUGAUUUCAUAAAAUUCUUUCACACCUUUUUAUUUUUUGCCAGGCACUCUGAUUAACGAGUAAGAAUGAAUCCAUGUCACCUGUGUGUGUAUUGCUUUCUUUCUCUUCACAGUCAUUGGUAUAUCAUUAAAUUCAUAUUGUAAUGUAAAAUAAUUGCUUCAUUUCUGAUAUGAACAUUGCCAUACUGUUGAAAAAUCUGCCAUUGGUUAAAUUUGAUGAAAUUCCUUGUUUAUAUCAUUUAUUUUAUUAACAAUAAAUAUCAAUGAAAUCAGAUAACAUCAUUCUUGUAUAUUUUCUCAAAAAUACUUUGUCAAGCGCUAUUGUUACUUAAUCCUUCAGUAUUUCUUUAUUUCCUGUAUGAACAGAAGCUUUUUCAUUCACCCCUUUCAUUAGUUUGAUUGGUUGAAAUCCUUAACACCUGUCCUCAUGAUAUGACCUUUGUUGUUACGAGGACAUCAAAUGCUUACCAGUAAAACAAACAAAUCCUUAUCUACAGAGUGUUAAGCAUGUAAUUUAAAUAUUGGUCCCCAUGUGUUUCCUUGUAACAAACAUUAAUUUACAUAAUGCUUGAAUUUCGACAUAUGGUUAACUUUUAAACUAAUAUAUAUACCUGAACUUUUGUGGUGUUAAGAUAUACAUUUGUCCUAAUGGAAUCUUGCUAGGUAAAAUUGUCUUCUGAUUUUAAAAUUGGGAUGCAUAUAAGUCACAUUCUUGUGUGUGUGUGUUUUUUUUUUUAUUUUUUUUUUAAUCCUGAUAUAAUAUUAAAAAGUCAUGUUAUGACAAAACAUGCUAAACACAGGAAAGUAAAGUGUCCAUCAGUCGAUCCUUGUGAUAGAUAGUGUAUAUUAAAUAUCAAAUUGUCUUUUACCUGUUAUUUCUGUAAAAAAUACUCAACAUAUCUAAAAUAUGAUUACAAACCACAUUAAAAUAUGUUAAGAUCAUCAUUCCAGAGCUAUUAGAUUUUUUACACAUGUUAAAUAAUUAAUGAAAUUACUGAUAGCUCCAACCAAUCAGAAGAGUGCAUUCUAUUCACUGCAUUGAAAAAAAAUCAGAUUAUUACUAUUGGGAUUGAGAUGAAGAGUACGUAGAAGUUGUUUUGAUACAGUUUAGCAGUAUAGGCUAGAAUUUUAUUUAGAGACACAAUUUACAACAGUUUAAGUAGCAAGUCUUUUCAGACAACUGUAAAAAUGGCAGAGAUGCAUUGAAGAGUCCUAUCAAAAUAACAGUCUUAUUGUCAGGCAUAGCAUCAUUAGAAUACAGUGUCAAAGAAUCAACAGCACAUUUCCACUCGUGAUACAGUAAUGUACUUUAAAGUUUAUCUGAAAAUUAUGAAUGCAGGUAAAUUCUACCAUAGAAGUGAAGAAUUUAUGUUAAUGAUUAAGUGGAAAUCUUUAAUUUCUCUCUAGGUGAAUAUGUGAUAGUUUUGUGUGUAUACAUACAUGGAGAUAUGUUUGCAAUGAAUGCCAUUGACCAAUAUGCUAUUUCAAGAUUAUGCAAUGUGACAUCAUGUUCAAAGUCACCUUGAAAAAUUAGAAAUAGAACAAAAGUAUUGAAACUUACUUGGACUAGUACACCAACCCUUUUCUUUUGUUAUGAGCAAGCGUAUGCAUUCUUUAAAAAAUGUGAAUUAAAGCUGUGUUUGAACUGUAAACAGUUUUUGGUGUAUCUUGACCAAUUUACAUACAAAAACACUAUGUUUUCUCCAGCGUUCUUCUUAUUUUUUUCCAUUUUUCUUUUUUUAAAUCAUUCUUCAUAUAACUAAAACUUUUCCUUGACAAACUCUGCUUUUUCUAUAUUUUUAUUACAUGAAUGAAGAUGGGAGAAAAAAAUUAGCUCACUUAAUAUAAAGAAUAAGAUUUGCAGGUAAUACAACUUAAUCCUCAUCAAGAACACUUUAAUAUGAAAAUACCUGAAGGCUUCAUGUUACAUAGUCUGUUUAUCCUAUCUUUUUAAAUAUUUGUCGGAUCUAUCUUGCAGAUGUUUUCAAAAUAGAAGUAGGAAUGAUAACACCACAUAAUACCAUAAGCUAUAAAACAGUAGGUUAUAUACAUAUUGAAGAACAUUGGAAUUUACUUGAAAUCUUCCCAAUGAAUAUAACAUUCCAGAUAUCUUUUAUAGAUGUGUAUUAUGUAUGUAUUUAUAUCAGUUUUAGUACCUAUUUACUGGUAUUACAGAAAAUAUAUCUAAAAUUUUAAAAAUAACGAACAACCUUGUAUAGUGAAAGAGCAAGCUCUAUGAAGUCUGUAUAUUUUUUUUUUAUAUCAGUGAACACGUGCUGGUUUUAGAUUGGGUAAUGCUGCUUUGGCAACAUUGUGUGUUUAGAUAUAUAUUACUGCAACAAACACAACCUCCAGUGAGAGACAACCUUCUUUGACUACUGUUUUGAGAGUAAUCUCCCCUUAAUUACAACAUUUUGAAUUCUUCAAUAUUUGUAAAUGGUGUACAAGUAUUGUGCUUAUGACAAAAUAGAGCUAAGAAAGAUACCUUAAGUGAGAUGAGGACAAGGUUAACUUAUUCAAUAUAAAUAUAUAACCAGAUUGGAUGUAAAAGAAUUGAAGUCACAUUAUAAAAAAAAUAUAUUGUAACUGCUGUUUCUGAAAAUAUUGAUAUAGACUCUAACUAACAUCAGAAUGAUUAUGAGCCAAUGAGCGAGAUAUAGGAAAAUUUGUGUUAUUUAUAUAUAAUGCAUAUGUAUGUACAAGUGAUAUAAAUGUACAAGUAUAUAGUUUUAUACAUUUUGUGGUAUAAACAUUUAACUUUUUCUGAAUUGUAACCGUUAUCAUUUUUCAUUCAAUGAAAAGUAAUUAAACAUGAUGAUCAGGUGAUUUGUGAUAUGCCCCAGAGAGUUGUGUGAACUGAUUCUGAUGAGCGUAUGUGUUAAUUGAAACAUCAGCAUGAAAGUUUUUUUUUAUCUUUAUAUAUAUAUAUAUAUAUGUAGGUAUUGACUACCUACAUGGAACUAUGUAUAAAAUGUGUCAACCCAACAAUUAUCUUAUCAUUAUGAUUAAUAUUGGACAGUGUAAGACAACUACGAUAUUUGUAUUAUGCAAACUUCAGAAAAAUGAAAUAUCAUUAAAAUAUCAAAUUGAUAACAUA